UUACUACCGAUUUUUGUUAGUCACUUCCCCAAUCAAUAGACCCGCAUACCACCCGGUUUUUCUGGAAAAGUUUACAAAACAAUUUAUCUAUAUUUAUCAAAACUGUACACACGGAAGGCAAGAUGUCGACUAUAAUUGAAACCGGCAAGUCAGAUUUCAUCAAGGUGAAUGUUUCCAACUCUCACAAUGAUGCAGUCGCCUUCGAGGUCAAGUUAGCCAAGGAUCUAACAGUUGCCCAGCUCAAGACCAAACUUGAGAUACUGACGGGCGGAUGUGCCGGUACCAUGAAGGUGCAGGUCUUCAAGGGUGACACCUGCGUGUCCACAAUGGACAACAAUGACGCCCAACUGGGUUACUAUGCCAACAGUGAUGGACUCCGGCUGCAUGUCGUCGAUAGCUUUGCUACCUUCUCGUUCGACAGCGCUCCCGUUGAGAAAUUCGAACUGUCCAAAGAUCAGUACGAACAGCGAACAGAUUCUGUGCGCAACUACCUCAAGAUUAAUCGCAUGGGCAAGUACAACGAUGAGGAGAUGCAACAGGCGGAGGAGAAGAAGCGCCUUCAGGCGGAGGAGAUCCAAAAACGGGCGGAACUUUGUGUACUGGGUGGCAGAUGUGAGGUUACGGUUCCAGGUAAUCCAACACGACGAGGAACAAUCCGAUACAAUGGUCCGCUCGAAGGGAAAAGUGGUCACUUUAUUGGAGUGGAAUACGACGAACCACUGGGGAAAAAUAAUGGAAGUUUCGGUGGAAAGGCCUACUUUACGUGUGCCCCAAAUUACGGCGGCUUUGUAUCACCAUUAUCCGUUACGGUUGGUGACUUUCCGCCGGAAGACUUCAACAUGGAUGACGAGCUCUGAGAAUACUGGGCACUCCCACACACAGGUCACACAAUCUCGCAUCGCACAUGCCACCUUAAACAGAAGACUUACGAACCGCUAAAACUAUUUGUACGCAUGAAAGAACAUUACAAAUUAUAGUUAUGCCAUUUUUUAUUUAUUAAUUAAAACAUCUAUGUAUGUAUGUAUAUCAGAUAUUCUUACAACAUGAUUAUUCGUAAAUUCUAUAAUCGGCUUUAUCAUAACUGAUUUAAUGGUGUUCUCAAUCAUUUUGCAUUGUUUUACAUUAACUCAACCGUUUGUAAAUCAAAAUAAAUAUCAGAAAUAAGU